UAGAUUUAAUACUAGUUGCAUCUUCUAAAUUAAGCCUGGUCAUAUUGCUCUGGCAUAUGUGAGUUAAAAUUAUGGAAAACAAAUAUAUGGGCAAACCAUUGGUGCCGAAGAGGUUUAUUGUGGGUUUGAUGGGAUGUCUGAGUUGUUUUAUGCUAUAUGUGUUGCGAUCCAAUCUGAGUGUCGCUAUCAUAGCGAUGGUCGACGAGUUGGAGGUGAUUGAAGAGGACACCACCGCUCACGGCAAUGACCUGUGCUAUGAUAUCAACACCAGAAUUAAUGUCACCAAAUUAACUAAUACUUAUCACGGCCCGAAAUAUAUGUGGAGUCAAUCAGUACAGGGCGUUAUACUUGGCUCGUAUUUCUAUGGCUAUACAGUAACACAAAUGUUGGGCUCAUAUGCGGACAAAUUCGGUGCCAAAUGGAUGACCGGUUUGGGUGUUGUAUUGCCCGCACUGUUGAACGCAUUCAUACCAGUGUUGGCCGACAUUCACUACUCUUUGGUUAUUUUGAUGCGGGUAUUGAUCGGCGCCUUUCACGGCGUGAUAUACGCCUGUGUUUUCUCGUUGUUUGCCAAAUGGUUCCCACAAUCGGAGAAAAUAGUGGCCAUAAGUGGGACAAUGUUUUUCGGUAACUUUGGUGGCGUUGUUACCCUGCCAAUUGUCGGAUAUUUGUGCAAGGUGCAAUUUCUGGACGGGUGGCCCUCAGCCUUUUAUUUAACAUCUAUUGUAAAUAUUGUUUGGUUUGGGUUUUGGUGUUAUUUGGUUCACAACAGUCCCGAAGAGGACCCAAAUAUCAGUGAAUACGAACUGAAAUACAUAUCGAGUAAUAAUCCGCAGUCAAGAAGUGCGAAGAAUGUGACGAUUCCCUGGAGGGCUAUCUUCUCGUCCAAACCCGUCUGGGCGUCAAUACUUACCAAAAUCUGCGCCUGUUUUGGCUAUUAUAUAAUGUGCACAAAAAUGCCCACAUAUUUAGAUAAUGUAUUUGGUGUGAGCAUAACGAGCAACAGUUGGUUCAACUCAAUGAUGUACGGAUCCCUGCUCACGUGCGCUGUCUGUAUGUUCCUCAUACCAGUGGUAGACUGUAAUGCGAUUGCGGUCAUAGCGUUAAUGUUGGUCGGAAUGACGGCAUUUGGGUUCAUCACCGGCGGUGAAUUUUGUGUCGUCCCGGAAUACGCGCCCAGUUAUGCGGGCAGUGUCUUCGGUGUGAGCAACACAUUGGCCUCAACCACGGGUUUCAUUGGACCACAAAUUGUUGGACUCCUAUUGGAUUAUGGGGGCGAUUCCGGUGUAAGACAUCAGUGGAAUAUAAUAUGGUAUUUGUCGGCCACUGUUUAUGCUUUCGGUGCCAUAGCCUUUGAGGUGUGGGGAACCGCCGAACCCCAACUCUGGGCCGUUAUUUCAAACCCUGAUGAAACAAAUGAUCUGGAAACUAAAACAAGUUUAAUUGAAAAUAAAGUCUAGAUUAUUUAAUGGUAAUAGCCGGAGAAUUUGCGAUCAACUUAUGGAUUAUUAAAAAGUGUAUUUUUAAAUUCAUUAAUCCCUUUGUCUUAUGAGAU